AAAUUUUUAUAUUUUAAUUUCAACGAAAAAAUGCCAGCUGUUGCCUAUUACUACGAUUGUAAUGUCGGUAAUUAUUAUUACGGACAAGGACAUGUUAUGAAACCUCAUCGAAUUCGAAUGACACACCAUUUACUUUUAAAUUAUGGAAUUUAUCGAUAUUUGGAUGUUUAUAGGCCAUUCCCAGCAACAUUUGAGGAAAUGACACGAUUUCAUGGUGAAGAUUAUAUGGAUUUCUUAAGAAAAGCAACACCGGAGAAUUUGAAACAAUACAAUAAACAAAUGCUUAAAUGUUUUUUAUUGAAAAUUAUUCAAUUUUAAUUUUUUAA